AUGCCGGCGAAUGUUUCAUAUUCCAUAUUAUUAAGAAAAGAAAAUGCACACGACGAUCCCAUCUAUUGUUGCGAUUGGGUCAAGUCUAGUACUGCGGGCGAUUCUGCAAUUGCAUCAAAAGAUUUAAUAGUAACUGGAGGACUAGACAGUCUAGUAAAGUUGUGGGUAUGCCAGAAUAACAGAUUACAAUUGCAAUACGCUUUAGAGGGCCACACAAUGGGUGUGGUGUCUGUUGCCAUUAGUCCUUGUGCUUCGACAAUAGUGAGUGCUUCACUAGAUUCAAACUUAAUUCUCUGGAAUACUAGUUCUGGAAAACAAAUAACUGAGUUGCCAAUUGGUGAGUCAGAUGUUUGGAAGGUGGUAUUCUCCCCUGAUGGUAAACAAAUGGCAACUGGUGGUCAUACAGGAAAAAUAUUUAUAUAUGGUGUUAAUGAUGGGGCUAUAAACAGAGUUUUGGACACUAGAGGGAAGUUUAUCCUAAGUGUAGAUUGGAGUCCGGAUGGAAAAUACAUAGCAGCUGGCUUAGAAGAUGGCAUUCUUUGCAUAUUAGAUGUACAGCAAGGCAAAGUACUGCAUACAAUAGAAGCUCACUCGCUUCCAGUUCGCGGCGUUGCAUUUUCGCCUUGCAGCACACGGGUCGCUACCGCUUCUAAUGAUGGACUUGCCAGCAUUUAUGGAGUUGUUACUGCUAAACACCAAUGCAAGUUAGAGCACAAGUCGUGGGCGGUGUGCGUGUGUUUCUCUGCUGACGGCACUCAGUUGGCAACGGGCGCAGCUGACGGUCGUGUCCGGGUAGCUGCACGUGAUUUUAGGUUACUCAAUACUUUUGAGGAACAUACUGAUACUGUAUGGGGCGUUCACUUCGACAGUUCGAAUAAGAAACUGAUAUCGGUAUCAAAAGAUGGCUGUAUAAAUUUAUAUGACUGUCCUCCUAUAAAAAUCUAA